UGGUGAAAUUUUUGUUCCCUCCAAAGCUCAUUAUCCCCUUUCUGAAACUCACAACACCUUUAUCCCCUUUCUGGAACCAGACGAAUCACAGCGCCUUUGUUCCCUCUAAAGCUCAUCACUCAUCAUCGCGAAGAACCCUCUCUGAAAUUUUUGUAAUCAAAUGCCUUUAUCCCUUUUCUGAAACCCUCCCACCAUCGCGAAGAACCACCCGCAGCACUCACUAUCGCCACUGACCGUCGCUCCUCUUCGCCCUCCUGCACUGAGCUGCGCCGCUCUCAGCAUCGUCAUCUCUGCGCUUCUCAUCGUCCUUCCCCUUUCAGUUCGAUCGUCAUCUCUGUAACCCUCACCUUCGCCAUUCUCGGUUUCUCACCGUCGCUGGUGACCGUCGCCACCCAGUAACCACUCACCGCCAGUCACCGUCGCUGUUGAUCGUCGCUGUUGCUGCACUGACCAUCGCUCUUCUUCGCCGUUCUUCUCAUCAUCGUCUUCUCUGUGCUCACAUCGUUGAGUAUAUCCUUCUUCACGGGGCAUCUACCUGAGGGAGGCUAGUGCUUUCCAACAAUCUACUGAGGUGAGAGCAUAAUCAGCUUGUUGUCCAUUGAUGAUCAAAGCAUAUCUUUAGUGGACAGUGGAAGUUGAUCCAAAAUUUCAUGAGGAUGCCAACAAAAUUGAAGAAUUGGCUGUGUUUGAGGAGCACAUUGAAUUACAUUCUACAGAUAGCUUAGUUGUGAAAGCCCCUGAUUAUCUACUGCUCGCUCAUAAUGGUCGUACCUUCAAUAUUGACUGCAAAGCACCAUGGCGCGGUCCUCUUUUCAGAAUUCCAGUUACUAUAACCAAGCCAGUGGCUGUUACUAAUAGACCUCCACAAGUUUCAUUUUCAAAGAUGUUAUUCCAGUCGGGCCAUGUAGAAAGGAAAUAUAUAGAAGUGCCACAUGGUGCAUCUUGGGUUGAGGGAACCAUGAACACGUCAAGUUUUGAUACAACGAGAAGAUUUUUCGUGGAUGCUGUUCAGAUAUGUCCAUUGCAUAGACCGUUGACAUGGAGGAGUGUGAUGACUUUUUCUUCCCCUGCUGCCAAAAGCUUCGCCUUCAAGGUUGUAGGUGGUCAAACAUUGGAACUAGUCAUAGCUCAGUUUUGGUCAAGUGGCAUAGGGAGUCAAGAGACUCCAAGUGUGGAUCUGAAGGUUAUGUUUCAUGGUGUAAAAGUCAACCAAGAGGAAAUUGUACUUGAUGGGAGUGAAGCACCAGUUAGAAUUAAUGCUGAAGCAUUACUGGCAUCUAAGAGACUUGCACCUUUAGCAAUACUAAACAAGAUAAGGAUCCCUUAUAGACCAACAGAUGCUAAGAUUAGUGCACUUACGACUGAUCGUGACAAACUUCCCUCUGGAAAGCAGAUACUUGCACUGACACUAACUGUUUUAGACUUUGCAUACUUUUUGAGGAGAAGCUAUAGAAGCAGAGGAGAAGCUUCAUGGCGACUUUUUGAGAACCAUGUUGAGGGCUACCUUGAAGCUUGAACUAUCAGCAAAGACAAAGACCUAUUUUUCAACUGCUAUUGAUUUGUGGGAUGCAGAUUUUAUUAGAAAAUACUUAUGUAUGUAGGAUAUGUUUUUUUGUAGAGUAUUACUAGUAAAUUCUAAGUGAUAUUAUGCUUAUUUUGAUAUGGUUAUGCUUACUUUAGUGUGAAAUGUAUGAAUUUUUACAAUUAACUUCAUUCUAGUACUUUUGGAUCAUUAUUAUAAAUAUAUUUUGGUUAGAGAUAAUUUUUAUUAUUUAAAG